CAAUGCAUAUUCCAGGAAAGCGUCCGUUAGCUGAUGUAUGGGCUCUUGACACAGCUGCCAAGCCAUAUGAAUGGCGGAAGUUGGAACCAGAAGGAGAAGGUCCACCUCCCUGCAUGUAUGCAACAGCAAGUGCUCGAUCAGAUGGUCUUCUUCUUCUUUGCGGAGGGAGAGAUGCUAAUAGUGUGCCAUUAGCUAGUGCAUAUGGACUUGCAAAACAUAGAGAUGGUCGUUGGGAAUGGGCUAUAGCUCCUGGUGUGUCACCUUCACCUAGAUAUCAACAUGCAGCUGUUUUCGUUAACGCACGCCUCCAUGUAUCUGGUGGUUCCCUAGGUGGUGGACGCAUGGUUGAGGAUUCGUCAAGUAUUGCAGUUCUGGAUACAGCUGCUGGAGUUUGGUGUGAUACUAAGUCUGUGGUUACAAGUCCCAGGACAGGCCGUUACAGUGCUGAUGCUGCUGGGGGUGAUGCUGAUGUUGAACUAACUAGGCGCUGCAGGCAUGCUUCUGCUGCUGUUGGCGACUUAAUCUUUAUCUAUGGUGGUUUACGUGGUGGGAUAUUACUGGAUGAUCUACUAGUCGCCGAAGAUCUAUCUGCUGCUGAGACAACUACAGCAGCUUCGCAUGCUGCUGCUGCAGCUGCUGCAGCAUCUAGUAUAACAGGAUGUAGGAUGCCUGAGAGAUUUUCUGAUGAAAGGACAAGAGAAACAGAUUCUGAAGGAGUUCAAGAUGGAGCCGUAGUGCUUGGCAAUGCUGUAGCUUCUUCCGUAAAUGGCGAUAUGUAUAGUGAUAUUAACACAGAAAAUGCAACCUUGCACACUAGGAAGUCAAGCAAAGGUGUUGAAUAUUUGGUUGAGGCCUCAGCAGCGGAAGCAGAAGCCAUUAGUGCAACAUUAGCUGCUGCCAAAGCUCGUCAAGUCAAUGGCGGUGCUGAAAAUCAUGACAGAGAUCGUGGAGCAGAGGCCACCCCGAGUGGGAAAGAUAUAUCUACCAUGGUUAAACCAGACUCUGCUAUUUCGAAUAGUUCACCCCCUGCUGGAGUGAGAUUGCAUCAUAGAGCGGUGGUUAUAGCUGCAGAAACAAGUGGAGCUUUAGGCGGCAUGGUCAGACAGCUUUCAAUAGAUCAAUUUGAAAAUGAGGGGCGUCGAGUGAGCUAUGGAACACCUGAGAAUGCCACAGCUGCAAGGAAAUUGUUAGAUCGUCAAAUGUCUAUCAACAGUGUAGCCAAAAAGGUAAUAACACAUCUUCUAAAACCUCGUGGUUGGAAGCCUCCUGUGCAAAGACAGUUUUUCUUGGAAUGCAAUGAGAUAGCAGAUCUUUGUGACAGUGCUGAGCGGUUAUUUACUCUUGAGCCGACUGUUUUACAACUUAGAGCUCCAAUUAAGAUAUUUGGUGACUUGCAUGGACAAUUUGGGGAUCUCAUGCGCCUUUUUGAUGAAUAUGGUUCUCCUUCAACUGCUGGAGACAUUGCAUAUAUCGAUUAUCUCUUCUUAGGAGAUUAUGUUGAUCGAGGCCAGCAUAGCUUGGAAACUAUGACUCUUCUACUAGCUCUGAAGGUGGAGUAUCCUCAUAGUAUUCAUUUAAUUCGUGGGAAUCAUGAAGCUGCAGAUAUCAACGCCCUUUUCGGCUUUCGAAUUGAGUGUAUUGAGCGAAUGGGUGAGAGAGACGGAAUCUGGACUUGGCAUCGAAUAAAUAGAUUAUUCAAUUGGCUUCCUCUUGCGGCCCUUAUUGAGAAGAAAAUCGUGUGUAUGCAUGGAGGCAUUGGAAGAUCUAUAAAUCAUUUGGAACAAAUUGAAAAUAUUCAGCGGCCGAUUACCAUGGAAGCUGGCUCUAUUGUCCUAAUGGAUUUAUUGUGGUCUGAUCCCACUGAAAAUGAUAGCGUGGAAGGAUUACGACCAAAUGCCAGAGGUCCUGGUUUAGUUACAUUUGGGCCUGACCGUGUGAUGGAAUUCUGUCACAACAACGACCUUCAGUUGAUAGUGCGUGCCCAUGAGUGCGUGAUGGAUGGUUUUGAACGGUUUGCCCAAGGACACUUGAUUACUCUCUUUUCUGCCACCAAUUAUUGUGGUACUGCAAAUAAUGCAGGUGCAAUCUUAGUUUUGGGUAGGGACCUUGUAGUUGUCCCUAAACUGAUUCAUCCAAUACCACCCGCAAUUACAUCACCUGAAGCCUCACCUGAACGACAUAACGAAGAUACAUGGAUGCAGGAGCUGAAUGCAAAUAGGCCACCAACCCCAACUCGAGGGCGACCUCCAGUGGCAAAUGAACGGGGAUCUCUAGCUUGGAUUUAGAUGAUUUGAUUUAUAUAUAGAUAUAGUAUCAUUUGCUACGGUUUCUUGUGUUUGUUUGAAUAACCGUAGUAGCUGAUAUGUAAAAACUUGGAGAUCCUUCAGAAGCUUUGUUUGGGCAAAACUGCAAAUUGCAGGGAAGAGAAUAGAGUACGCGAACAAGAACAUGGUAUCUCGAUUAGAUUGUUUGCCGGGUAGAGAUGGAUUUUUUCUUUUAAAUUUUUUUGGGGGUUAUUUAUAUAUAUUGUUUUCUUACGAGAUAAUAUAGUGUCAUUGAAUUUUGCUUAAUGAGUUGAGAUAGUGAAUAGUUAUUUUGAAUGAAUAGUGGGUGUAUCAUAGAAGAAGAAGAUGAUGAUAUUUGAUGUGUUAUGGUUUCAUGUAUAAUUUGUGUGAAAAAAUAUGUUGAAGAAAUUUGCUUUGUGGAUGGAUUGUUGAAAAGAAACUUUUCUCUCUAGUUGUGGAGAUGAGAGAAUUUUGGUUCUA